UAUUGGUUGUUUGACAGUUCAAUGGGUUCGUCAAUGAACGGUUUAUUUAUAAAUUUAACUGUACAUUACACUACUAUACAAUAAAAAAAAAACUAUAUAGACCCAAAUGAACGAGUAAAUUCAAGAGCCUGUCCAUACCCCAUCAGAAAUGGACCCCAACAUGCCUCCCCAGGCCUUCGUCCCUCCCCCAGGAAUAGGAACUCCACCACUGAUGCCUCAGAUGCCAGCCGGGAUGGGGCCCUAUCCGCCCAUGAUUCCACCUUUCAGCGUGCCACCUCCCGGGUUUGGCAAUUUCGGCCCCCCGGGACCUCCAGGGGCCACCACCGGGGAUCAGUGGUCUGAACAUAAAGCUCCCGAUGGGAGGACUUACUAUUACAACUCCGUAACGAAGCAGAGUUCCUGGCAGAAACCAGACCAACUGAAGACUGCCGUAGAGUUGCUGUUAUCGCAGUGCCCUUGGAAGGAAUACACCGCGGACAAUGGCAAAAUAUAUUAUCACAACAUUAAUACGAAGGAGUCGCGAUGGGUCAUACCGCCGGAAUUGGAAGAGAUAAAAAAGAAAAUUACCUCUGAGGAGACCAAACCGCCGUCGGCUCCUGUAACGCCCAAAGAGAUUUCAAGUCCCGUCCAGCAGCCUAGUGCACCCCUGACGGGCUCCAAUUCUCCUAUUGUUACAGCGUCAGUUCCUAGCCCUGGCGGGAAAAGCGCUUUGGAGGCUGCUAUGGCAGCAACGCUAGCGGCGAUUUCUCUGCCCACACCCCCACCGAAACAAGAUGAAGACUCGAAUCCCUCGACACAUAGCGAGCCCCCCAAGGAGUCCCGUAACUCCACUCCGGAACCGAAAGUGUUCAAAGACAAGAAAGAAGCCAUGGAGGCGUUCAAGGAACUUCUCAAGGACAAGAACGUACCGUCCAACGCCAGCUGGGAGCAGUGCGUCAAGAUCAUAUUCAAUGACCCCAGGUACGAGACUUUCAAGAAGCUGAACGAGAAGAAACAGGUCUUCAACGCGUACAAGACGCAAAAGCAGAAGGACGAGAAGGAGGAGCACCGGCUGAAGGCGAAGAGGUCCAAGGAGCAGCUGGAAGACUUCCUCUUGCAUUCGGAUAAGAUAACGUCGACCACCAAGUAUUACAAGUGCGACGAGAUUUUCGGACACCUGGAGAUCUGGCAGAACGUGGCGGAUUCCGACCGCCGCGACAUAUACGAAGACGUCGUGUUCAACCUGGCGAAACGGGAGAAGGAGGAGGCGAAGGUGCUCAAGAAGCGCAACAUGAAGAAGCUCGCCGAGGUCCUCGAGUGCAUGACGAAGAUCAACUUUGACACUACCUGGAGCGAAGCUCAGGUGCUCCUCCUCGAGAACAGCUCCUUCAAGAACGACGUCAACUUGCUGGCGAUGGACAAGGAAGACGCGUUGAUCGUCUUCGAGGAGCACAUCCGCGUCCUGGAGAAGGAACAGAUGGAGGAGAAGGAGAGGGAGAAGCGUAGGAUGAAGCGGCAGUGCAGGAAGAACAGGGACCAGUUCUUGGCGCUGCUCGAUCAUUUACACGAAGAGGGGAAGCUCACUUCCAUGUCGUUGUGGGUGGAACUGUACCCCAUAAUAUCGGCGGAUAUUAGGUUCUCCGCAAUGCUAGGUCAGAGCGGUUCGACGCCUCUAGACCUCUUCAAAUUCUACGUGGAGGACCUGAAGUCGCGUUUCCACGACGAGAAAAAAAUCAUCAAGGAGAUCCUCCGGGAGAAGGACUUCGAGGUUAAAGUGGACACGACUUUCGACCAGUUCGCCACAGUCAUCUGCGAAGAUAAAAGAUCUGCGACUUUAGACGCUGGGAACGUCAAGCUGACGUUCAACUCGUUCCUGGAAAAGGCGGAAGUCAAAGAAAAGGAGCGUUUGAAGGAGGAGACGAAGCGACUGAAAAAGCUGGAGAACAACUUCAAGAACCUCCUGCGCGAGCUUAACGUAGACUUCGAGCUGUCGUGGGACGAAGUGAGGCCGAAACUGGAGAGCGAGAAGGAGUUCGUGGCUUUCGAUUCCGAUUCGGAGAGAGUUAAAGUGUACAAAGAUUUCCAGCACGAGAUGGAGGAGUCGUGCAGCCACCACCACUCGCGCUCGAAGAAAUCCAAGAAGAAGAAGAGCAAGAAGUACAAGUCGUCGAGCACGAGCGAAUCGGACAGCGAGAAGCACAAGAAGUCGAAGCGGAACAAGUCGAAGAGCCCCACGCCUUACACGGACGACAGCGCCGAGGAGUACCGGAAGAAAAAGUCGAAGAAAAAGCACAAGAGAAAAAGUCCAUCAAGCACGCCUUCGGAAAAAUAUAGACAGGACGGAGACGGGAGGACCGGGGACGUGAGUGAGUCUGAGCUCGAGAAACAGAGGGCGUUGUUGUUAGCUAAACUUAACGAGAGUGAUUGAGUUAUUCGAGAACGAAACUUGUGCCCCAGAACGGCGGUUUUAGGAUUAUUACUCGUUCGUCGUUUCCGGGAACGCUUGACGGGUCCCGUACGUUCCCAAAACGGCGUUAAACCAGCAAAGUUUUAAUUAAGGGUGUGGUGUGGACGACGGUGCAGUGUUCAGAAUUAAAAAACGCACAUGUUAAAGUCUGUAGUGUAUUUUUAUAUCGUCCGUUUGGGAACGUACGGGUGCGGAAGACCCCGCCAAACGGCGGUUUUGCUUUUAAGUCACAUUCCGCAGUGGUAAUCCUAAAACGACCCGUGAAAGUUGAACGAUAUUUAGUUUCUAUCCUGUUAUUGCCUCAGAUAAAACAAGUAUUUGUGUAACCCCCUCACGAGUGAUUAUUUGUACGUCUUCCUCCGUUCGUUGGUACUAGGGAAGAUUUAAUAAUAGCGAUUAAUUGGUAUUUUUUUUAUAUUUAAAACUGAAUCUAUUAAAGUCUACCAUCAGCUA